AUGGCUCGCGGAAAGCCUGCUGGAAUUCAUACUGCUCGUAAGCUAAGAACACAUCGUCGUACCCAAAAAUGGGCUGAUAAGCAGUAUAAAAAGGCCCAUCUUGGAACACGCUGGAAGGCAAAUCCCUUUGGAGGGGCUUCCCAUGCCAAAGGAAUUGUUGUUGACAAGAUUGGUGUUGAGGCCAAACAGCCGAAUUCUGCUAUUAGGAAGUGCGUUCGUGUUCAGCUCUUGAAAAAUGGAAAGAAGAUCACUGCUUUUGUUCCUAAUGAUGGUUGCCUGAGCUUUAUUGAUGAAAACGACGAAGUUCUUGUUGCCGGUUUCGGACGUAAGGGCCACGCCGUCGGUGAUAUUCCUGGUGUCCGUUUCAAGGUAGUUAAGGUCGCCAAUGUAUCGCUCUUGGCUUUGUACAAACACAAAAAGGAAAAGCCAAGGUCUUAA